AUGAAGUUCACAGUCUCCCUCCUUCUGGCUGCUAGUGCAGCCCUCGCCGUCCCCAUUGUCGAGCGAGGCAAUUCUAUCCAGAUCAGUGACUUCUGGGCUAGAGCUAGCGCUGGCUCCUCCGGCUCGAUGCAUUUCGUCGUGACUGAUUCAAACUACCCCGAGGAUACCCCUACUGAGUGCAACCUGCUGUGGUCAUAUGGAUCUUCGCCCAACGGAAGGGCCCGAUGCAACAACAGCCAAUACUUCAUCCACUUCCCCGAUGGCGCUGUCGACUUCAAUCGGUUUACACUGGGACUAGAGAGGGUCUCAGGCCCAAUUGCUGAGAACGGUCAGGUUUUGCUGGAGUCAGGUACGGAGUGGUCUUGUCUGGAAAAUCCGGAGAGCAACGUUCAGCUGAGCUGCUCUUACGAUGGUGUUCUCAACAUGCCCGUGUGA